AUUUGUUGUUAUUUUGAAAUACAAUUAAAUUGUUGUCAUAUUUAUGUGGAUAUGAAUUGAAUUAGCAUUUCAUACAAAUUAUAAUUGAGUUCAAAAUCAUAUCAAACAAUGGAUUCAAAGAAAGAGAAAUACAAAUCUUUACCACAAGAAGUGCUAUCAGUUGGCCAUCGGAUCGGUUUGAAGCAAAGCAGUGACACUGAUAUCAUCGACUCGUUUGUGAACCAAGUUUUGCCCAAAAGUGUCACUGAAGGCGAGCUCCGGUUUACGACAUAUCUGUUGAAUGAAAACCGGAAGACAACUGAAACGAAGAAAGAGUCGAAACGCCGAAAGAAAUGCAAAUUUGCUCUCAAAUUGACGGCAAAAGAGAGGAAAAGUUUGUUUCAUUUGAGUAAAAAUGAUGUCAAAUACGAGACGUUUGACAAAAUCAAUCAUUUGUGGCAUAAAUACAUCGAUUCCGUGAUGAAUGAGAUCAAGUCGAAGAGUGAUGAAAUCAAACUGAUUAGAGCCGACUUCCACGGCUCCUUCUUCGUGGUGUCCGCCGCUAAGAACCCGACAUUAGUUGGCGUUAAG